AUGAAUAUCUUCACGCAAUUGGCGACGCAAUUUCUCAUCAACAAAAACACGUUAGUUCAAUUGCUGAAAAACUUACGUUGUUCGAAUGAAUUCAUCAGUGAAUUUCGUAACAACCAUAUCUACAUUAAUGAAGACAUCAUUCGACAAAAAAUCCGUAUGUUAUGUAUAAUUACCGAAGACGAAUCUUUUCAAGAUUUACUCUGUCAUGAUAAUGGCAUUCAAUUAGUUUUUCAUGCCACGCCACAUGAAUACCGUUUCAUGCGCUUUCGAAUUAGUUUCGAUAUCAAACUCAUCACAAUUGUCUUAAACAAUGAACAGCAAAAGUUACAAUUUCUAAUCAGUAAUAUACAAAUCAAAUCGUUGAAUUACCUUUCCAAACCAUUUCAAUUCUGCAUACAGUCGAAAGCUCGUUCAUUGGUAAUUGAUGAGUUCGAACGUAUAUGCACAGAACAACAUAUUCCAUUCGAAAGAUUAUUCAAAAACAUCAAACGUCCACUAGUUUAUCAAAUAAGUUUAUCAAAUUUGAAAGAAUUAGACCAUUUACGUGAACGUUAUCUCCUUAUUGGUAAUCGAUCGAUACUUGAUUUAAUACAAAUAACGUGUAUUGAACAUCGAGAACAAGCAAUUGUGUUAGAUUACCGACUGAGAACAACAGCUAACGAUGAGAAAAUGUAUUCCUCUGUUCAACAAUUACCUCUUGUACAGCGCCCAAUCUUAUUAUAA